CGCGGGGAUGACGUCAGAGGGGGCGCGGCGGCGGCGGAGGGCCGCGGGUUCGAGGCCGGCCCCGCCAUGGAGCUGCUGCCCCGCGGCCCCGCCGAGUUCGGCUCGGCCCGGUACUGGGAUCGCUUCUUCCGGCAGCGCGGCCGGCGGCCCUUCGAGUGGUACGGGGCCUUCCCCGAGCUCUGCCCCGUCCUGCGCAAGUACGUCCGGCCCCGCGACAAGGUUCUCGUGGUCGGCUGUGGGAACUCGGAGCUGAGCGAGCAGAUGUACGACACGGGGAUGUGCGAGGACAUCGUGAACAUCGACAUCAGCGACGCUGUGAUCUGUCAGAUGCAGGAGCGGAGCGCCAGCAAGAGGCCGAAGAUGAGCUACGUGCUGAUGGACAUGCUCCAGAUGGACUUCCCUGACGCCCGCUUCCAGGUGGUCCUCGACAAAGGCACGCUGGAUGCCAUCCUCACCGACGACGAGGAGGCCACUCUGUCCAAGGUGGACAGGAUGUUUGCCGAGGUCAGCCGAGUCCUGCAGAUAGGAGGGCGCUACCUCUGCGUCUCCUUGGCUCAAGCCCACGUGCUCAAGAAAGCGGUGGAAUAUUUCUCUCAAGAAGGCUGGGUGGUGCGUGUCCACGAGGUGGCCGGCAGCGGGGACAAGCAGCAGUUUGUCCUGCCUGUCUUUGUGUACGUCAUGACAAAGUUCAGGAAGAUCCCUGGCUCUGCGCAGCAGAUCCUGGAGAUCUGCCUCGAGGAGCAGGACAAGCCGAUGCGGAUGGAGAGCGCGGAGCGGCUGGUGGAGGCGGUGAGGGACAGGCAGCAUUACGCCCUGCUCUGCAGCCAGCUGAGCAAAACCCCCUGCGGAGAGCAGCUUUCCCUGGAUCUGUGUGAAAAAGGCAGCGGGAGGCCUCGCUACACGCUGCACGUGGUCGACAGCCCCUCGGUGAAGCCCUCCCGGGACAACCGCUUCGCCAUCUUCAUCAUCCCGCAGGGCAGAGAAACCGAGUGGCUCUUUGGGACGGAGGAUGGGCGGAGGCAGCUGGCCGCCAGCGCGGGCUUCGGGCGCCUGGUCACCGUGGCCCUGCACAGGGAGCAGCGCUACGAGGGCAUGGCCAGCAUCCAGGCGGAGCUGUCGGGGAAGGUGAUGGAGCUGGCCCCGCCGGGCCUCCCCGCCCGGCAGCAGGUGCCCUUCCUGUCCGUGGGAGGGGACAUCGGGGUGCGCACGGUGCGGCACUGCGACACCAGCCCCCUGAGCGGCGAGUACGUGGUGGAGGACGUCAAGGGGGACGACGCCUGCUACUUCCGCCGCCUCGUCUUCCUCAGCAACAGGAACGUGGUGCAGUCGGAGGCCCGGCUCCUGGCCCCUGCGCCUCCCCCAGGCCAGAAGAAACGGAGGAAAGACAAGAGGAAAGCCGGCCCUGCCGAGCCUCCCACGGCAAUCGACAAGAGCUACCUGUGCUGCGAGCACCACAAAGCCAUGGUGGCGGGGCUCUGCCUGCUGGGGAGCCCUGACCCCGUCCCAGGAUCCCCGAUCGCGGUGCUGGUGGUGGGGCUCGGCGGUGGCAGCCUGCCCCUCUUCAUCCACGACUACUUCUCGCAAGCCCACGUGGCCGUGGUGGAGAUCGACCCCUGCAUGCUGGAGGUGGCCACCUGCUGGUUUGGCUUCUCCCAGGGCGACCGGAUGCAGGUGCACGUAGCCGAUGGCCUGGACUACGUGGCCAAGCUGGCAGCUGAAGCCCCAGCCCAGUACGACGCCGUCAUGUUUGAUGUGGACAGCAAAGACCUCACGGUGGGGAUGAGCUGCCCGCCCCCAGCCUUUGUGGAAAAGCCCUUCCUGCAGAAAGUUAACACCAUCCUCAAGCCAGAAGGAGUCUUCGUGCUUAACCUGGUGUGCCGCGACGCCCGGUUGAAGGAGUCUGUCCUGGCCGUCCUCAGGGAGGUCUUCCCCCUGCUCUACGCGCGUCGCAUCGACGGGGAGGUCAACGAGAUCCUGUUCUGCCAGCCCAGCCCCGCGGGGCAGCGCGACCCCACGGAGCUUGGGGCACGCGCCCGGGUGCUGGAGGGGGCCCUGCAGCAGCCUGGGCGCCCCUGGGACAGCUCGUACGUGCUGGCGGACAUGCUGCAAGCCGUCACCAUCAUCUGAGGGGGGCCUCGAUGUAACUCGAACAAGAGAAGCCCCUGCGUGUGCCACAGCUGGGAUGUCUGACCCUGUGGGGGCCAGUUCUGGCCUGGGUGUGUGCCUGGAGGACGAGGCUGGCACGGAGAGGCGCUCCCCGCAGCGGGACGGAGCCCAGCGAGGUUCCCUGGGGUGCUGGGGCCCUGCUCUUUGCAAGGGCCCCUUCUUGCAGUUUGCCUCUCAGGGGGCUGGGGAAAGGGGGCUGGGACCGCAGGGGGCUGUGCAGCCCGUGGGACAGCGUUGGGGUGGUGAGGGGUGCUCCGGGACUGGCAGGACUGUGGGUUUGUGUCGGUCCCCACUGCUUUCCUGCUGUGGAUAAAAUAUGGCUCUGACCAUCCCCGUCCCUUCCAGCAUGGCUCCUUCCCUCUGGUGCUGCUUUUCCUCCAUGGCUGCGGGAGCCCUGCCCACUGGCAUCUGCGUGUAAAACCCCAGUCCUGCCCUGAGGCUGGCAGCAGACGUGCUUAAUUGGGCUGAGCGCCGUACAAAUAAAGCUCAGGGCUACUCUCGA